AUGAAAGAAAAGGAAGGUUACAUAUCAAAUGAGUACUUAAGAAAACUAAUUGUCGAUUUUAAUCGUAUGAACAUCGAUGAUACCGGUGCAUGGUGUCAGCCAUAUCUCAGCAAGUUAGAAAAUAAGUAUAAGAAUAAGAAAAUUGAAGAAGAAAAGUAUCAGCAGAGUUUAGACUUUAUCACUCGUAAGCAACAGCAGAUUGCUGCGCUUCAUAAGAAGUAUGCAGAAUUUACUGAUGCUGAACGUAGACAUUAUAACUAUGAAUUUGAUAAAUUAAAAGCUGAAAUUUGCGAUGCGUUUAUGAAAGUUAUUAAUGGUCGAAUCAUAUCUUUCAAGUUAGUUACUACAAAGGCUUACGAAGAUAUUGAAGAUAUUCGUCAGGAAUGUUUGAUGACAUUGUUCACAUACAUUAACCGAUAUGAUGAAGAACGUAACAGUAGUGCAUUCGCAUUUGUUACACAGUUGAUCACAAACGCAAUUCUCCUAUAUCUAAACCAAUUAAAAGAACGCCAAGAAAAAGAAGUUACAGGUUUGGAUUUCUAUGAAAAUCUUAAUACUAUUGAUGACUUUAAAGGUGAAUUAAUGUUAAACGCACAUACAGAAGACCAAGAUGGAAAAAAUAUUGCUAUAAUUUAUUGCAAGGAUACCAGUGGUUGUUCACACGUACGCCUACGUUACAAUGCAGAAUAUAUUAAUGGAUAUACCAUGGGAGUAAUUCCAACUCUCAUGCCAUAUCCAACUUUUGACCCAGUUUAUUUGUCUCGUGCAAAGUCUAUUAUUUUCCAAAGACCAAUUACGGAUUCUGAUGUUCAGAUUCUUACACGUUACAAAGAACUUCAACCAAAAUUUGGGUAUAAGCUAGUUGCUGAGUUUGAUGACUUAGUGUUCAUGACCGGUGAAGGCAAAGAUGAUGGUGUUCCUUCAUAUAACCCAGGUCAUGAUACGAUUGUUAAACAUAUUGACAAGUCAACUAAAAAUUUACAGACAAAUAUUGAUAUGUGUGACAUGGUUAUUGCAUCAACACCAUUUUUAAAACGUGUGAUUGAAAAAAUUUUCCAUCAUCCUAAUGUUAAAGUAAUUAAAAAUGUUGUACCACGUUAUUUGUGGAACUUUGAACGAAAGAAGAAAAUUACUGAAGAUAUUAAAAAACCAAAGGUAAUUUAUUCUGGAAGCCCUACACAUUUUAAAACACCUAUUCCAACACUAAAACCUGGACAGCAUCCAAAUUUUCCUAAUGGACAUCCUGGUCAGCCAGGAGAUAGAGGUGACUGGAAAACGGGGUUAUGUGAUUGGGUUAUUAAAAAUGUAAAAGAAGAUAAAAUAGAUUUUGUCGUAAUGGGUUCAGUACCAUUCUUCUUUGAUGAAAUUAGAGACAAAAUCCAAUAUAUUCCAUGGGCAGAUUCUCAUACCUUCCCUCGUAAGUUCAUGGAAGUGCAUGCAGACUUUAGUAUUGCAACUGUUGUAGAUAAUUCUUUCAAUAAGUGCAAAUCCUCAUUACGUUUUACUGAAGCUUGUGCAUGCGGAUGUGUCUUUAUGGGUAAUAUCUUUGCAAAUAAUGAUGACAGUCCAUAUCGUGAAAUUCAUAAUGAUGCAAAGUUUACCGACAAAUCAACAGCUGAAGAAAUUGAUAAAAUAUUCUGGGCAUUAACUAAAAAAGACAAAUAUAACGAAGUAAUGAAUUGGCAGUAUGACUUCAUUAAUACUGGAAAUUGCUGGCUGGAAUCAGAAGGUCACAUCAAUGAAAUGCUCGAUAUGUUUGAUUCUAAACCUCGUAAAAUUAUUUAA